AUGGAAAGUUUGCCUGUUUUCCAAGUGAAAGUAAACGAGUGGACAUCGGAGAAGUAUUUUGAUGUUUUAGGCAUGAAAAUUCCAGUAUUUGUUGCUCCCAACCCUAAGUUACUGUCCGACGUCAUCUCCAAUUUCCAAACGAGAGCUGAAGAUGUGUUCGUGGUUACCUACCCCAAGUCAGGUUUGUGAAAAUAUAAAAAAAGGUUUAACUUUCAAACUGUGCCAAAACGCUUGGUCAUUGCGAACCAGAUACUUCCCUUGAAGUUUUAUCGUUUCUCCGUUGACGCCGUGUGAUCGCAUCGUUGUUAUAACCUAAAAGUGAAAGAAAAACUUGCCGCCUGAAUUAAAAAGCGAUUUUCGACCAAAGGAUGCGUUAUUCACGCUUUAUUUGCAGUCUUGUUUUCUUUAGAGUCUUCGUUGCUUGACUUGCGACUCCAAUGACAACAUUUUAUCCACAAGCUAGGACAAAAGUAUAAUAGUAUAUAUAUUAGUCAAGUUUACAGUUGUGUGCUUGGUUGCCAAGCCUUUGAACAGAACUGAGGCUAAAGGUUGACAUUGUUACUAGGGGUUUCCAAAAGAAAGGCCCGAGUUGAAAUUCCGGCUUCGUUUUUUUUGCGUUCGGUCGCAAAUCGCAGUCAAGUCCUCAUCACGCAUGCGUAAACUUUUGACUUUGACGUAUUCGCGACGUUUUGACUAUUGAGCACGUGGCAUGGUGUAGUGGCAGAGGAAGAGAGGCUUUCGCGGUGCAAAAUGAGCACAGAUACUGUGUAUAAUACGCUAAAAACGCAUACAAAAUAUGCACACAUCGUUCGCGGUACACCCACACUAAGAGAUGUCUAGCGUUUUCGGAACGGGUCGGUCCGCGAACCUUAUGAGAGAUCUCUUUAUGAGCGAACAUUUAUGAGUGAACCUUUCAUCGAGAAACAUGCUAUAUCAAUUAAGCUAUCUAAUGUUAAUCAAGAGAAGCAUAGACGCAAAUCUCAUGGUGUAUGUAGACGUGAUCGUGAACCAAGCGGAAUACUAAUUCUAAGUUUGAAAAGGUUAGGGACAAGAGCAGAAGGGAUAAACCAAUAAUUGCAUAAAAAAACUUAGGCAAAUGCAAGGGCAAAAAACAAAGUUUAUUUACAAAGAAACCCCAGGUGAACGCACCUUUGCGUCUAGUCAUGAUACAAACCUUACUGCUUUUCAAAUGCAGAUUACUUUGUUAUCAUGCUAACUGGAUACUGGUCUCUACCUGCAUAAUAAUGCAAGAAUUGAAUGAUGAAUACCUGAGAGCCUUCAUCAGACGGUGAGUCAUCACUAUCUUCUCCACUGUGGUCAACGCUUGAGCAACUCGCAGUGCUAAAAUAAGAAUACUUAUGGUUACGUACAAAACUAUCGGUAAAGUGCUAAAAAGAAAUGUUCAUACCAAUGUAACGUAAAUUCUGUGUUCUUUAACGUGCUAAACACAAUCAAGCUUGAAAACAACACGAGGGACUGAUUCAUGUCGGAUUUCUUAAUGCAGGAUGUACUAAUUUAUUUCAGAUGCCAUGAUCUAUGACUGCUUAGUUUAAAUGACAAAACAUCACUUAUAGAAGAAAAUCUUCUUUCGGUCUCUUUUCUUUCAGUUACAGCUAGCUUUUUCAAAAUGUGCCGAGCAGCAAGGUCACCUUCAGCCUCACUCCAAUAGGCCUAUACGGCGUCAUAUCACAAUUGCUUUAUUUCCUUUAAUUCACCUUUUGCUGUUUAUUACGAGAAAAUACGCAUUCAUUUGCGUUAAGGGCGAACAAUUGCGUGGAAAUACAAUCAUUAGAGUCAAAAAACCAUCGUCCAGGAAUGCUAUUGAAUUGCAAACAGUGUGAUAAAAAUGUUAAUGAAUGGUUUAUGCACGAUAUUGAUUAUGUAUUGUCUCUAUUGAAUUUCAAGAUGGUGUAAAUGACUUGAAUGUUAGCGCAAAUGAAAGUAUAUUUUUCUCUUUUGUUUGACGAAUGUCUCAUAAGAAUGCCCAAAAUCGUUAUUGAAUCUGAUUUACGCGCAAAUAAUCGUUUUUACCGUUAGUGAAUGUAUUUGCACGCAAUUGUUCGCCUUUUCACGCGAAUGAAUGCGUAUUUUCUCGUAAUGAACAGCAAAAGGUGUAGUUGAAGAUCAUAUAUUAUGGUUCGUCAACAUAAAAUUAUAUAUUUUUGACGCUUCUUCCUGAUCUGCCCAAGGCGAGAGGUCAAAGUUCUCAUUGUUUGUCUGCGUCACGAAGUCUUCCUUCAUUCACAGAAGUUUGGCCUUCAGAUGUUUAACUGGAAUUUUGUAUGUUUUUGCUGUAUCGCACUGAGCCCUCCGCUAGAAAAGUUGAAGUAAUAGAUUGUAAUUUUAUUGCGGUUCCGCUGAUUUUAGCUGUUACAGCUAGCCGCAUAUUUUAUACUGUCACAGAGCGGUUUGUUGUUAUCCCACAGAGGGCUUCAAGCUGAUUUGAAAGACAAUGAUCUUUGAAAACCAAACUUAUGAGCACGUACAUCACAUGAAAACCAGUACGGUAGCCGUUCACGAAUAUACAUGCCUGAGGCAUGUAUGCGAACAUGCCUGAGGCAUGUACGCGAGCAUGCCUGAGGCAUGCUCGCUCUCCAUCCCAUCUUUCAAUUACCUAAACCUAACCUAACCUAGUUAGCCUCCUCUACUAACUAUGACCUAAACAAAAACUACGGACUGAGACACGGGUGAAUAAUCAGUGACGAUGCUUCGUCGGUCUAUUUUAUCUUGGGACCUUCUCAAAGUCUCUUGCGUCUAAAUAAAAUCAGUUCUCUUGUAAUCGCAGACGAACGGACGUUAAUGUUGAAGAUAGGAUGUCGCUGUUAAAAAUAUAACACAUGGAUUCCUAAACUAUGGAUUGUUAAUAUAUACAAUGUAUUUGUUGAUGUUUUGUGUUCUUUUUUCAGUACUGUUUCUAACUCUUUGUAGGAUAUAUUGCACUUGUGGGUGGAUCUGUCAUAAUUUACCCCAUUUAUAACAAAUUCACACAAUAAUCAAAUGGAAAAUCGGAGUAAAGUUGGCUACGGCAAGUCAGUAGGAUACGUUCCACUAAAAUGAUGAAUUUCACAGAAUUUACCCCUUUUGAAAUUCUCAAACUUCGAGCGAGGAAAUCUUUACAAUCUUCUUACACUUUUGCAUUGCUUCUCUCCCCUAGCUGGGAAAUGAUACGCAGAAGACACGAUCACAACGCACAUUUAUUGGAAGAAAUAAAACUGCAUUGUAUUGAUUUUUAGGUGUGAUGAAAUAACGACAACGGAAGGCACAACUGCAACACCACAUGGGUCUGCCUUUUUACAAUUUUUGCGAAUGACGCGGAAAAAAAUUGGAUCGUUGUCCGAUUUUUAAAGAUCUAGACUGAUUACGAGCGUGUGAUUAGCCAAUCAGAUUCGAGGAUUCAAGAUUCCGACCCCUCUUCGGUUGCUUCAGAACAAAAUAAAAUGAGUAUCACCGAACUGUUAAGGAAAUUGCAGAGGGUUCCAGCAGUAAAUAAAAAUCCUACCUUAGCGGAUUGGUCGAACUGAUAUAAAUUCGUGCAGUUUGGGUCACUUAAUUUUUUUGACAAGACUUGCCUAAUUAAUUAAUUAGUUAAUUAAUCAGUAAAUCAAUAAAUAAGAUCAACAACGAACGCAAAUUUUCAAAAUUGCCGUUUUUUUCUUCAGGGACAAUUUGGAUGCAAGAGACUAUCUGGCAAAUCUAUAACAACGGGGAGAACACAAGUAAAAAUAUUUUUGAACGAGUUCCAUUCCUAGAAUUUUCAACAAGUCCCAUAUUGGGAGAGUUUGCAGACAUCGCCAAGGUUCCCAGUCCUCGUCUUAUGAAGUCCCACCUUUCUUACAGCAUCAUUCCUAAAGGUUCAAGCGACGGCGCCAAAUGUAAAUAUAUUUACAUUGCCCGUAAUCCAAAGGAUGUUGCAGUUUCAUAUUUCCAUUUCACGGUGAGCCUGGCGUCAUUUGGAAAUGGUUACAAUGGGCCAUGGGAAAUUUUUCCAAGUUGUUCAUCGACGGAAAUGAUAAGAUUUAUCAGGUCGGUCACUUUUUAUCGCCUUGGUGGUGGGGGGAGGUUGGGGGCGAAGAUUUGGGGGGAUCACAUGGUUUUCAGAGGGAACAGAAGGGGGAUCAGUCGUCGCCAAAUAGUAUAAAGGUGGGGCCUAGAGAAGUUUGACUGCUAACUAAUUGCCAAUGAGAGGGGUGGGGGAUGAUAAGGAUAUAACCUCGCCGUAUGGGCAGAUCAAUUUUAAUGACAACCAAAAUCCUGCAAACCCCCGCCCCCCUCCCAAUAUCCCUACGAUAAAUCGAUAAAUAAUGACCAGGCCCCAAUUAACUACAUGGGGGCUAUCAUGGAGAAAUUAGAAACGAAUAUUCUUGACCUGAUUUUUUCCCAUGUACAAAGGAGGUAUAGUUGAGUGGAACGAAGAUUAAACGCUCUCCAUCCUCAACUGGUCUCCAAGAUUGUUAUUUAAGACAAUGCUUUUGGAGCUUGUUGGUGCACUUUGUUAGAACUUAACGUAAACUGGAAGAUUAAAACACCACACUUUCUUUCGCCUCAACAAAUCAGGCUCGCUCUUAUAGUGUUGUAUUGCAUAUCAUUAACAGUUGGUUGGAACAAAUGGAAUGACCAUGUUCUGGGCUGGUGGAAGCACAAAGAUGAUCCCAACGUCUUGUUUCUAAAAUAUGAAGAUCUCAAAAAGGUUUGUUAGUAAAACAAAAAGUGAAGCAAAUAAAUUAGAUGUUGCCGUGAGGCUGUUCAGAAAUAGAUCACAAUACCAUACGGACGUACGCCUUUUGCUGUUCAUUUACGCAAAAUGUAUAUUCAUUUACGACAGCAGUUGAAACUAUGCGGCAAAUAUACAUUCAUUAACACUUCCAUGAACUUCAUUAGCGCGAACUAACUUUCAACAAAGCUAUUUGCAUACGUAUAAAGAGGGUCUGAAUGGGGGUACUUCGAUAACACUAAACACUUAUUUUUCUGACUGUAUAACAUUAAACAGUUAAUUUUCAGCCAUUUUAACACUAACAUUAAAAAAUUCGUUGUAACAUUUUUUUUUUUGCCGUAAAAAAACAAACCACACCCUAAAAGGGGAAAUAUCUAUGUUGGGCCUAUGUUUAUGGUCUCAAAGAAGUUUUUUUGGCCAUUUUCCAACAAUUCGGGAUUAUUUCAAGACUUCCGAAGAGUGAGGAAGAUAUCCGAAAGCUGCCGAAGAUUUCCGAAAGCUGUCGAAGAUGUCUGAAGGCUGCCGAAGAUGUCCGAACACUGCUGAAGAUGUCCAAAGACCGCCGGAGAUGUCCACUGAGACUGCCGAUAUUUGAAGACUACCGCAGAUUUGGCUUGUAUAACUCAACAAUUCUAUUCUUAGAGCGCUUUUACAGCGAGGAUUCACCGACCGUGACCACUUAGAGAGAAUAUAUUAGUAACAAAUCAGAUUACGAUAUUCAAAUCAAACAGCCAAUGGGAUAGAACAUCAAAAUAAACAGUAAAAUUAAGCAAAUUUACGGACUGCCAUCCGUUGUAUGAAUACCUCAGUAUGAUUGGUUGGCUUUGUCAGAUGGUCCCAGUUGGUGUAUCUGCACUGUAAACAAAAAGAGAUAAAUACGAAAGUUACAAGGAAAAUGAAAGUUAACAUAUAUGAGUGUUUAAAUUUGACUAGUAAUGAAUGCAAUAACAGAAUAUUCUUUUACCAAUAAGAUCGGCUACAUUGCUCGCAAUGUAUAAUGGUCAACAAAAAUGACAGACAUGUCACUCCAUUCUGGCCAAAAACAUUUGAUUAUAUUCCAUACCUGAAUAUUCGCGAUUGUACCAACUGUUUCUAGAGAUCAAGGCGGAAAUGAGCGCGGGUGGUGCGACCAAAUCUGCUGAACGUUAUGUCUGUAUCAUUAUCCACAUCGCUCUCCGAGUCGGUGUCGAAUUCAUCCUGUUGCUCGGGGAGGUCUGUCACGUCACCAACUGCGACAACUCCGAGCAUGCUUUCGUCAACAGAGGUGAUUCUCGGUACUUCGUUUGUAGCUCGUGGAAUAUUUGUACCCUGGUCGACUCGUUCUUCAUUGUCUGUCCCUGGAUCAUCUUAAACAUCCUCUUGGAAUGUUACUCUAGUACACGAUGGCGUACUGGAAUAUACAGCUGGCGGCAGGGCUCCCGCUUUGUCUUUUGUUGAUUCGCUUCUUACUGUCCUUAACAGGUCGAUACCUGUCAACCAAUUCCUUCAUGGCUGCCUCAAUGUUGGGGUCAACGUUAUCAGCUGGAGGAGGUUUCACCAAAUCUACGUCCCGUAACUCCACACUGGAUUUAGGCACUGGAUAAUAAGACUUCUCAAGUGUGAAGUACUUCGCACCCCACUUCGUUGUUCUCUUUAAAGAUUCCUUUAAAAUUGUUCCGAAGUCUUGAGCAUACUGAAGAGCGGUGAAAGUCUCGUUUUUGAAGUGGGAGACUGCAUGAAGGUUUUCCACCUGAGUUGUUAGCAGCGUACGCAGGUCAAUGUCACCAAGAUAGUCCUCGUUUACAUUCUUAACGUUAUCUCGUAGCUGUUCCAUACCUCUUUCGAGAAGCACCAAUGACUCCUGUGUUUUGCUGGAAACAGUUCCUUUAGGGCCAUUUAUUGUUGCCGUUUCUUUCAUUUUAUAGUACUGCCUUACUUCAGCGACUGUGUUUUUAAUAUAAGCAUUUACAGAUGAAACAUUGCACACAGCAUCUUGAAGAGAUAAUUGGAACGCGUCGUGCACCAAUUCCAAAACUAUCAUAGAGACAUUCGAGGUUGCGAAGAAAGGACACUUUGCCAGUAAGCCCCGAAGCUAGUUUGAUUGUUUCAGCAGCUAUAUCGGAAACAAAAAAAAUUUUCUACAAGGAAAAGAUUGCAUGAAAUUGUGUAAAUGAGCAGCUUUCUUCAGUUCUAUCAACGGUUCCUUCAUGGCCAGUACCCAACAAGGUCUCGACUGUUGCACUUAAGGGAUUAAAGGUCUUAACCUUUUGAUCUUUGUUGUCGGUGAAAACAAUGUUGCCCUCAUAACCAUACAGCCUCCUGAUUUCCUUACAAGAAUCUGAAGAAUUCCGAAAAAGUCGCUCAAUCGAGGUUACAACCAUAUAACCCUCCAACCAUAUAACCCUCCAGCUGCGCUAGUUGCAGCCAAGCAUGCUGAUUGCCGCAGAACAUAAAGAGAUUCAACACUUGCACGUCAUUGGAGUAGUUUAUCUGUCUCAGCCUACUACCGAUGAUAGCCACUCCAUUGUACUCUAACUCCAGCUGCAUUAUGCCUUUCUGCUCAUCAUCUGCACACAAGAUGAUAUCCUUACUUGCCGCACAGAUGGAAGUUGAUUUAUUUAAAGGUGGGUUAAUCUGGACAAUUUGUUUUUUCAGUUUUCGACUUGUGCAGCUAAAGAUCUCAGAUGUGUCGUCAACCGCUUCUGUAGCACUGAACCUGUACCCUCAAGUGACAAUCUGAAACGACUAAGCGAUUUUAGGCGUCCGGGUUAGAAAGGUACUUCGCCUUUCAAUUCAAUGAAACGGAUUGCUGAGGAGCCUCUCUCUGCAACGAAGACUAUGCCAUUGGUAAAGCAUAGGUCCCGCGCAUCCUUGAAUACUUCCCUCCGAACAUUUAUAUCGACUGGUCGGUGUAAAAGCAGUUCUACGAGACCAUCGAGAGUCGAAAUCGUAGUCUAACGCCAGUACUUUGCCUUGGGGCCCAAUUUCAUGUGCAAUUGGUCUUUUGCAAACACUACUUUGGUUGGAUUUCCAGAAGCGAUACUUUUCAGGAACUAUUGUGUGGAUUACCAAACGUAUCCCCUUAAGUACAUCCAGUACUGAGGGUCUAGUAAGGCGCAUUAUCGGUUCAAAGGACAAGAGCAUUUCAGCUUUGGCUCACUGUUCGCGAGUGAUUUUCUUGCAGAAUUUAAAAGAGCAGACGAAAUUUGAAAAUCCUUAAAUAAACCUUUGGGGUCUCCUUUCAAACACUAAACAUGAUUUUUUCCAAGAACAGUAAACAUUAAAAAAAUGGCCAAUUUAACAGUAAACACUAAAAAAUAUGGACAAAUAACACUAAACACUAAACCCCAUUCAGACCCUAUUAACAUUCCAGGGCAUCAACGGAUGAACAAUUACACCUUUGGACAAUCAAACAUAACAAAUAUACUUUCAAUCUCGCGCAGUGGUUGAUCAUUAACACUGAUAGAAAAUCAAUUACAUAGUAUAACAAUCAAUUGCAUCUAAGAGACAUACAAUAAUAGAGACGUUCAAUCAAUUGCACCUUUCUACAAUCGUUUAUUCAAAAUUGUCAAUCAUUAACGUUAACUGAUAAACUUGGUGUUUUUCGAAUAAACAAUAGGAAGAAAAAAUAUUCAUAAGUAUCAUUCAUCGUAGUUACAUUAUUUUAAAAUACUGAACAAAAAUACAAGAGUAUGUACAUUAUCAUUCACCUGGUUUUUUUUUUUUGCACAAUAUUUUGCUGAAGCAGAUAAAAAAUGAAGAACAUUUUACAUGUACAGUACGCUGUAAGAAACAGUGUACGCUGUAUGAACAAGUAGACGCGUUGGAGACGCAAAUAACCGAAGAAAAUCAUGCCACCAAGAAACAGAAUCCUACUUGAACAGCGACAAAGAAUUGUUCAAGCCUCUGAAGAUGUUAAUGGAGAUUAUUUCACCCACCAAUGGAAUCGUUUUUCACUCGGCAUUUCUCGGUGGAAUGAAUGGACAAAGAUUUAAUGAUUUUCUGUCACAGGCAAGGCUAAAUCUCGACCCAAAUGAACAUGUGAUUUUCAUUUAUGACGGUGCAUCAGCCCACAACAAUCCUGCCAUUCCUGGUCCUAUUUCUGAGCUUGAAAAGCUACCACCAUACAGUCCGUUUCUUAACAUCGUAGAGCAAGCAAUAAGUGCCUUAAAAGCAGCCAUAAAAGCGGACAUAAGUCGUCCAGACCAGCGAGAACAGAUGAACAACAAAGCAGAGGCAAGACGAUAAGGAAUCGCUUUAGGAAACUUCCGACUCAAUUGCUACACUUCAGGCCCUGCAGAGAAACAUAGGCACUAUCACGGCUGCUAAAUGUGGACAGUGGUACAGAUUUAUGCAAACGCACAUUCCAAGAUGUUUAAUUAAGGAAGAAAUUGAAGGAUAAUUACAAAACAUUACAUUACAAUGCACUGUAAUAGAACGCUUUUGAAAUUUCUUUUUCCUCAGUUGAUUGUUAUUACUACACACGUUUGUCAGUUCACGUUAAUGAUUGACCAUUUUGAAUAAACGAUUGUAUGAAAGUGCAAUUGAUUGUGCGUCUCUAUGCAGAUUGUUUUAUUGUAUGUCUCUAAUACGCAAUUGACUGUCAUACUAUGCAAUUGAUUUUCUAUUGGUGUUAAUGAUCAACCAUUGCGCGAGAUUGAAAGUAUAUUUGUUAUGUUUGAUUGUCCAAAGGUACAAUUGUUCAUCCGUUAAUGCUAUUGAAGGUUUUUUUUUUUUUUUUUUUUUAAAUUGCAACACGAAGAACACUACUUUACAAAACAAGACGAACACUACUUACAAUACCACCUACAAGACGUUACUUAUUCUACUUACUAUAUAAUACUUCCUUAGACUACUCGCUUACACACCUAUGUAUCUAUUAAAUUAUAAUUCAAAAUGGGUUUCCAUUUAGCCUCUAGCAUCUUCCUAUCAUUAAACUUAGCCGCAAUGUGACAUUCAGUUUCAUAUUUUCUUUUAACUAGUUCCUUAUACGAAGGGAAAAAAGGAAGACUAUUAUUCCUACGGCAAUUCCAUAAAUGUAGCUUACCUAAAACGAUUAAGUAAUUAAAUAAAGAACAAUUAGUAUCUGUGACACCAAUUAAAAUAGUCUUUAACUCAAGUUUCCUUUGUUCUUUGGCUAUAGCGAUCCAAUAAGAUUCAAAUUCUUCCCAAAAUGCAUGUGAGUAAACACAGUAAAAGAAUAAGUGAUCAAUUGUUUCCGCACUAGUAUUGCAAAAAGUGCAAAGAUCGCUUUGUAUUAAACCUAUCUUAGCUAAGCGGGAAUUUGUGAAUAAAAUGUCAUUUAGUAUUUUAAAUUGAAAGCAUUGCACAUAUGUCUCGCAGAUACAGGACCUUAUUAAUGAGAAGGCCUUUUUUGUUUCCACAUCAUCAAUAGAAAAUUUAGAUUUCAACUUUGUGAAGCCUCUGGACUCUGUCGCCUUACUGGAUAUAAGCAAACCGUAGAAAUCCCUAGACUUGCUAAGUGCUGGAUCAAAGAUUUUAUCACCGAUUUUAAAUUGCAGUGAUCUGACAUGAUCUUUCUUAAUUUCGUGGCAUCGAAUUCUUAGAUGAAUUGGUACUGCGCAACGAACACCAGUCCAGGUCAGAAAGUUGGAAUCUUUUAAACCAUUACGUUUUGCAAGGUUAAAGGACUCUGUGUUACUCAAAUCAAAUUUUUAAGUCGCUUAAAAGAAUAAUAUUUGCGCUAUUAUAAUUAUAAUAGAAUAAAGGUUUGCCGUUUACUCUAAUAUUAUGAUUGUUCCAGAUGAUUGUUUCACGUAGACUUACAAGAUCAAAUUUAGAACGAAAAUCUGACCACCAGUGUAACAUCUCCUUAUAAAAUAUUGGGGAAAUGUUAUAGUCAUUAAUAUUGUAAUCACAAUGAAGAAAAAAUUCUCCACCAAAAGGUUUUAGUAAAUGUAAUAGAUACGCUUUCCAGGGAUAAAAAUUAUCGCUUAGAAAUCUUCCAAUCCAUGAAAGUCGGAGUGACAUAAUUGACGUUGUAAAAUCAGUUACCUUUAGGCCACCAAAUUCAACAUCAUUUAUUACUGCUGUCCUGGCGAUUUUAUCAGGACCCUUCCAAAGAAAAUUAUAUAUAAUUGAUUGAAGGGCCUUUAUGAACUCCAAAGGAGAAGGAAGAAUUGACAAGAUGUAUAGAACUUUAGGAAGUAGUAAACUCUUAAUAAUUGUAACUUUACCAAACAGAGAGAGGCCUCUCCAACUCCACAAGCGUAUCUGAGAUUUAAUUCCUUUGAGCUUAUCGUAGAAAUUCUUUUGCACUGAUUCUUCGUUAUUGUAACUAAAGUGAACCCCUAAAGCUUUUACAGUUUUACGCCAUUUCAAUGCUAGAGGUGUUUCGAUGUUAUUACGGGAAGAGCCAAUCCACAUUGCUUCGGUUUUUGUAUAAUUCACCUUUAGGCCAGAACAUUUUUGGAAUUGAUCAAGUAACUUAAAAAGGUAUUGAGCAGAUCUGAUAUCCGACACAAAAGCUGUUAAAUCAUCUGCAUACUGUACCAUUUUGAAUUCUUUUUCAUCUAUUUUGAUUCCAUCUAUUUCUGAACAUGAGCGAAUAGCGACUGCUAGUAGUUCCAUAGCAAUGAUAAACAAGUAAGGAGAAAGGGGGUCUCCCUGCCUUACACCUCGAUUUAUUUCAAAGCUAGCUGAGAGCGUUCCAUUGUUGAUAAUACAACUUGUUAUGUUACUGUAAAAGGUUUCUAUCCAUCUUGUAAGACUGGAUCCAAAUCCAAAGACUUCUAAGCAUUUGAACAUAAAAUUCCACUCCAGACUAUCAAAAGCUUUCUCAAAAUCUAUAAAAAGUAGCAAUCCAGGGAUUUCAUAAGUUUUCGUGUAAUCCAUUAUAUCUAGAAUUGAUCUUGCGGCUUCCCCUAUGUAGCGACCUGAAACGUACCCAGUUUGAUUGCUAUGAAUGAUUUCGGGUAAAACUUUACAAUAGCUUUAUAUUUAUUUUAUUUUAAUAAACUUUAUAGCGACAAUACGGGUCGCUAUAACUUUGGACGCAAUUUUGGCGUCGACGUUAGUCAAGGAUAUUGGCCUCCAAUUUUCUAAGUAAGUCCUAUCCUUGUCCUGUUUCUCAAUAAGAGUAAUCACUGCCUGUCUCUGAGAUGGGGACAUUUCCUUCUUCAUAAAAGCUUCAUUAAAUGAAUUAAUCAAAGUAUCACUAAGUAAUGGCCAGAAGGUGUUAUAAAAUUCAAUGGGUAACCCGUCGUUGCCUGGCGUUUUUGCAGUUGGAAAAGUUUUGAGAACGUUCUGGCAUUCUUCCGCAGUUAUUCUACCCUCACAUAUUAUUCUUGAAUCAUGUGAAAUACUGGGUAAAUUUGGACUAUCGAAAAAAAUCGAUGAUUCUGCAUUAUCUAGAUUAACAUUUCUGCUACGAUAUAAGUUCUUAUAAAAUUUGCGUUGUGAAUCCAUAAUCAUAAAGGGGUCAGUAGAAAUUACACCGCUAAUGUGCAGCUUUCUUACAUGCUUUUUAACAUGGUUGCGUUUCUCGAGAUUUAAAAAAUAUUUGUUAUUCUUUUCACCGUGUUCGUGCCAUCGAGCUCUUGCGCGUAGUAUAAUCCCUUCUACUUUGUCCUCGUUCAGUGCUUCAAGAUCCUGCUUAGAUUUUUCUAGUGCCAGACGCGUAUUGUUACAAGGAUUUGUGUGAAACAUUAGGACUGCCUCCUGAGAACAGAUUUUAAAUCAUAAUGAAUAUUUUAUUCAGGAUCUACCUUCACAAGUUCGAUUGACCGCCAACUUCCUUAACAAGCCGCUUUCAGAGGAUAUCAUUAAUCGUAUUACUGAACAGUGCAGUUUCAAUGGGAUGACAAAAGAUUUAUCGAGAUACAUGGUGCACGUCAAUGAAAGCCAAACCUCGAUUCUUCGGAAGGGCGUGGUCGGAGACUGGAAGAAUUCUUUUACUCCAGAGUUGAAUGAGAGAUUUGAGAAAGAGGUGUUGUCAAAAAUAGAAGGAACUAGAUUGGAGUUUGAUUUUGAGUUAUAA